AUGGGGCACUGGGCCUGGGUCCCCAGCCCCUGCCCCCCGCCCGGACUGUCCCUGCUGCUGCUGCUGCUGCUGGCGCCUCUCAGGGCCCAGCCCCAGGCUGGCAGGAACCACACGGAGUCCCGAGAACCUAAUGCCACAGUGACCUCCAGGACCCCCACUGUUCCUGUGACCUCAGUGACCCCUACAACCUCACCCACGAGCACUCCAGAGACAGAGGGUCCCCGUGGUGGGAGGCUCACCUCCCCACCCAGGGCGGCCCCCUCCAGCAGCAGCCCUGGGGGCCCAGUGCUCACCGAGGACGGGCAGCCCUGCCGGUUCCCCUUCCGCUUGGGCGGCCGCCUGCUCCAUUCCUGCACGUCAGAGGGGAGCGCCCACAGGAAGUGGUGUGCCACGACUCACAACUAUGACCGCGACCGGGCCUGGGGCUACUGCAUGCAGGGCUCCGCGCCCCCGGAGGGCCCAGCGGCUCUGGACCCCUGUGCCUCCAGCCCCUGCCUCAACGGGGGCUCCUGCACCAACACCCAGGACCCCGGCUCCCACCACUGCACCUGCCCCGUGGCCUUCACCGGCAAGGACUGUGGCACGGAGAAAUGCUUCGACGAGACCCGCUACGAGUACCUGGAGGAGGGCGACAGCUGGGCCCGCGUGCACCAGGGCCGCGUGGAGCAGUGCGAGUGUGCGGGGGGCCGGGUCCAGUGUGAGGACACACGCCACACAGCCUGCCUGAGCAGCCCGUGCCUGAACGGGGGCACCUGCCACCUGGUUGUGGCCACCGGGACCACCGUCUGUGCCUGCGCCCCGGGCCACGCCGGGAGGCUCUGCAACAUCGUGCCCGCGCAGAGCUGCUUCGUGGGGAACGGCACCGAGUACCGGGGCGUGGCCAGCACGGCGGCCUCGGGCCUCAGCUGCCUGGCCUGGAACUCGGACCUGCUCUACCAGGAGCUGCACGUGGACUCGGUGGCCGCCGCGGCGCUGCUCGGCCUGGGCCCCCACGCCUACUGCCGGAACCCCGACAAGGACGAGCGGCCCUGGUGCUACGUGGUGAAGGAGCACGCGCUCUCCUGGGAGUACUGCCGCCUGGCGGCCUGCGAAUCCCUCACCAGAACCCAGCACUCACCCGACCUGGUCCUGCUGAGGCUGCCGGGGGCUGCCUCCCCUGCGCGCCAGGCCUGCGGCCGGCGGCACAAGAAGAGGAACUUCCUGCGGCCCCGCAUCAUCGGGGGCUCGUCCUCGCUGCCCGGCUCGCACCCCUGGCUGGCCGCCAUCUACAUCGGGGACAGCUUCUGCGCGGGGAGCCUGGUCCACACCUGCUGGGUCGUGUCUGCCGCCCACUGCUUCUCCCACAGCCCCCCAAGGGAGAGCGUCUCUGUGGUCCUGGGCCAGCACUUCUUCAACCUCACGACGGACGUGACACAGGCAUUUCGCAUUGAGAAGUACAUCCCGUACCCCCUGUACUCGGUGUUCAACCCCAGCGACCAUGACCUUGUCCUGAUCCGGCUGAGGAAGAAGGGGGACCGCUGUGCCGUCCGCUCCCAGUUCGUCCAGCCCAUCUGCCUGCCUGAGCCCAGCAGCCCCUUCCCCGCCGGACACAAGUGCCAGAUCGCGGGCUGGGGCCACCAGGACGAGAACGUGAGCGGCUACUCCAGCUCCCUGCGGGAGGCGCUGGUGCCCCUGGUGGCCGACCACAAGUGCAGCAGCCCCGAGGUGUACGGGGCCGACAUCAGCCCCAACAUGCUGUGUGCCGGCUACUUCGACUGCAAGUCUGACGCCUGCCAGGGGGACUCGGGCGGCCCCCUGGUCUGCGAGAAGAACGGCGUGGCCCACCUGUACGGCAUCAUCAGCUGGGGCGACGGCUGCGGGCGGCUCAACAAGCCCGGCGUCUACACCCGCGUGGCCAACUACGUGGGCUGGAUCAACGACCGGAUCCGGCCCCCGAAGCGGCCUGCAGACACCGCCUGAGACCCCACCCCCGGGCCCUGUGCCUCCUUGCCCAUCCCUGCCUCCUGGCAAUAAAGCUGCUCCCGAGAA